GCGGGCGAGGUUGCGCCCUCCCAGGGUCCCCGCCCGGGGGGAGGAGAGGGGGCUGCCGCCGCCCAUCGGUUACGGCGCGGAGAGUCCCUCGCCCCCGAGGCAUUACAAGCGCCGCGGCCGCCACGGAGGGGAGAGCCGCGCAUGUGGGGCCGGCCCCGCGGAGCAGCCCCACGCUGAGCCGCCGGCGCCACCGCCGCCCAGGGACCGCGGGCGCGGUGCGGUGCGCGGCAGCAUGCGGCUCUGCCUGGGCUUCGGGCUGCUGCUGAGCGCCGGGCUCAGCGCCGUGUCUGCCGCGGGUUGUUCCGGUUGUGGAAAAUGUGACUGCAGUGGAGUAAAAGGGCAAAAGGGAGAAAGAGGCUUGCCGGGACUACAGGGUGUGAUUGGGUUUCCUGGAAUGCAAGGACCUGAAGGUCCCCCUGGGCCACCAGGGCUUAAGGGUGAUACUGGAGAACCAGGACUGCCAGGAACAAAAGGAACAAGAGGCCCCCCAGGAACAUCAGGCUUUCCAGGAAACCCAGGCCUUCCUGGCAUUCCUGGACAAGAUGGCCCUCCUGGUCCACCUGGCAUUCCAGGAUGUAAUGGCACAAAGGGUGAAAGAGGUCCAGUAGGUCCCCCAGGUUUACCAGGACUGAGUGGGAGCAUAGGACCCCCAGGACCUCCUGGAAUGAAGGGAGAUCCAGGUGAAGUGAUUGGUCUUUUACCUCCUAGUGUGCUAAAAGGUGAUAAAGGCUUUCCUGGCCAACCUGGACUACCUGGUCCACCUGGAACUCCAGGGUUUCAGGGACCAAUGGGUCCACAAGGGCCUCCGGGAGAUCCAGGUCCCCCAGGGCCACCAGGACUCCCAGGUGAGAAGGGCUACAUGGGCUUGGGCUUUCAGGGACCCAAGGGUGAAAAGGGAGAACAAGGGGUAAGAGGCCCUCCAGGCCCGCCAGGACCAGCACCACAUAUGAAAGAAAAAGGGAGUGAAGUCAUAAAGGGAGAAAAGGGCGAUCCAGGUGAAAAGGGUGAACAGGGAGCCCCAGGAUUGCCAGGUUCAGGUUUCCGAGGAGAAAAGGGAGAACCUGGGAAGCCUGGUCCACGUGGAAAGCCUGGAAAAGAUGGUGAACCAGGACCAAAAGGAGAAGCCGGUUUGCCUGGUGGGUUUGGGAUUCCAGGACGACCUGGGGAGCCUGGUGCAAAGGGUGACAAAGGUGAACGAGGUUUUCCAGGGCCUCCAGGAAGACUUAUAGAUCCUGGACCAAUAGAUACCUUUGGUGAAAAAGGAGAGCCUGGAGUUUCAGGUUUGCCUGGACUGAAAGGUCAAAAAGGUGAAAAAGGUUUCCCUGGUAUACAAGGAAUCCCAGGACCUCCAGGUCGACCACUUCCAGACAGGGUAGGAUCACCUGGUGUCCCUGGAGAGAGAGGUGAAAAAGGUGAAAAGGGUUCUCCAGGAUUCCCUUUACCUGGACCCCCUGGAAGAGAUGGUUUCCCAGGUCCCCCAGGGUUGCCUGGCCCACCAGGUCCUCCAGGCAAAACAGAUGGAAUUGAUCAAUGCCAGCAGGGAGAACCUGGUGCACCGGGUAGUCCUGGACUUCCAGGAAGAGAUGGAUUUCCAGGAGAGAUGGGAGAGAAAGGUGACAAAGGUGAAUCCUGUGUCUUAUGUGAUAAAGUAGGACCUCCUGGACUUCCAGGACCACAAGGGCCACCAGGUCCAGCAGGUUUUCCAGGACAAUCAGGCUUGAAGGGUGACAGAGGCUUACCUGGACUUGAUGGCCUUCCAGGGGUACCUGGGCCCCCUGGCACUCCAGGACUUAUGGGCAGCCCAGGGGCAAAAGGAGAACCAGGAGAUUUUUCUUAUGAUUCUAUCCUGAAAGGUGAAAAGGGAGAUCCUGGUUUCCCAGGGCAACCAGGUACUCCUGGAAGAGAAGGAAGACCAGGAAAAGAUGGAUUGCCAGGUCCCCAGGGUCCGAAAGGAGCAUCGGGUACAGCUGGCUUGAAAGGAGAACGUGGUCCCCCUGGCCAACCUGGAUUCCCUGGAGUACGUGGUGAAAGAGGUUUUCCUGGCCCUCCAGGGAUAGGCGCGGCAGGGUUACCUGGUGACAAAGGAGACAGAGGCUUUGCUGGAACCCCAGGUUUACCAGGCCUUCCAGGAGCAAAGGGUGAAGCAGGACGAAGUGUACCACUUCCCGGACCUCCUGGGGCGGAUGGCCUUCCUGGGCCACCUGGUUUCCCUGGACCCCAAGGUGACAAAGGGAAUCCUGGGCUUCCAGGUAGACCUGGCCUGCCAGGAGAAAAAGGAGCUGUUGGGCAGCCUGGUAUAGGGUUCCCUGGACCUCCGGGACCCAAAGGUUUCCAAGGUCAGCCUGGCUCGCCUGGUCUGCCGGGGACUCCGGGAACCCCUGGCCUUGAUGGUUUGCCAGGUGUACCAGGUUUACAAGGUCAAAAAGGUGAACCUGGUGUAGGUCUCCCUGGCCCUAAGGGAUUGCCAGGCCCCCCAGGCCCAGCUGGCAUCCCUGGAGAAAAGGGAAAUCCUGGACUGCCUGGCUUACGUGGGGAGCAAGGCUUUCCGGGCAUACCUGGACAGCAAGGAUUCAGAGGUGACCCCGGCCUCCCAGGACUGCAAGGCUUGCAGGGCCCUCCGGGCGCGCCGGGGCUGGGCCCACAGGGGUCGCCAGGACCCGCUGGGCAGCCAGGACUCCAGGGACCGCCAGGACUUCCUGGAAUAAAAGGAGAAAGGGGCUUCCCUGGUAUUCCAGGUCUAGAUAUGCCAGGACCAAAAGGAGAUAAAGGUAGCCAGGGACAGCCUGGAGUACCAGGGUCUGUGGGAUUACCUGGCCUACCGGGUCCACAGGGGGCUGUUGGACUGAAAGGAUCAGCAGGAGCCAAAGGAGAAAUGGGAGUCAUGGGAACUCCUGGACUGCCAGGAACUCCUGGACCAGUUGGAGAUCGAGGGUUGCCUGGUGAAAAAGGUAGCCAAGGUUUCAAAGGUGUAGUUGGACCACAGGGUGAUCCUGGUGUCAAAGGAGAUAAAGGUGAAGCCGGUCUCCCAGGAAAACCUGGAACAAUGGACACCAUGGACAUGGUUAGUCUCAAAGGCCAAAAGGGAGAUCAAGGAGAAAAAGGGGACCACGGAGCAACAGGAGAAAAAGGGUUACGUGGGGAAUAUGGAGACCCAGGAAUUCCUGGGAAGGAUGGUGAACCUGGUACUCCAGGACAUCCAGGACCAAAAGGUGAUCAGGGCCCCCCAGGAUACCCAGGGGAUCCAGGAAUUCCAGGACAAAAAGGAUCCGUUGGUGAAAUGGGUUUGCCAGGAACACCUGGAGAAAAAGGUCUGCCGGGAGUACCAGGUUCACCAGGCACACCAGGGUUCCCUGGGCAGAAAGGUGAAAAAGGAGACAAAGGAGCACCAGGUUUUCCUGGAAUUGGCUUUCCAGGGUCUCCUGGUGAGAAGGGAGAACCAGGAAGAACGGGUAGUCCAGGAAUAUCUGGAGAUAAGGGUGAAAAGGGUAGUGCAGGAAUUCCUGGAAUGCCGGGUUCCCCAGGUCCCAAAGGAUCCCCUGGCAUGGCAGGAUUUCCAGGGAGCCCCGGCCGCCAUGGAGAAAAGGGUGAAAAAGGACUUCCUGGCUUAAGUGGCAUUCCAGGUUUAAAAGGAGAGCAAGGUGAACCUGGUGUUCCGGGUCCUGCUGGUUCUAUUGGACAGAAGGGUGAACCAGGUUAUGAUGGGAUCCCAGGUGCAGCUGGUGCAAAGGGUGAACAAGGUGUUCCAGGCAGAGGACUUCCAGGAUUUCCUGGUGCAAAGGGAGAUAAAGGUGCGAAAGGUGAAGUGGGUUUUCCAGGAUCCCCAGGAAGUCCGGGGAUCCCAGGCCUGAAAGGAGAACCAGGAUUUGAUGGUCCACCAGGCCCUAAGGGCAGCCAGGGUCUUCCUGGACUCCCAGGAAGUGCAAUUGAGGGCCCUAAAGGAGACAGAGGACCCCAAGGCCAACCUGGCCUUCCAGGUUUACCUGGUCCAACAGGGCCACCAGGACCCCCAGGUCUGAAAGGGGCCAAAGGAGACCAAGGGAGCAAUGGCUGGCCUGGGACUCCUGGAAGUCCAGGAGUCAAAGGUGAUCCAGGUUUCCAGGGUCUACCAGGUAGUCCUGGUUUACCAGGAGAUACUGGUCAAAAGGGUGAUCUGGGACCUCCAGGAGUUCCAGGUGUUCCAGGUCCAAAAGGAUCUCCUGGCUUCCCAGGCCUUAAGGGUGAGCAAGGUGAACAAGGUCUUCCUGGAUCUAAAGGUUUACAGGGCCCACCAGGCCCACCAGGUGCUUUUCAGCUUGUUAAAGGGGAUCCUGGCUUACCUGGCCCUGUAGGACCAGUUGGUCUCAAAGGAUUCCCAGGACUUCCAGGUCCCAAAGGACAGCAAGGGGUGACAGGACCUUCAGGUAUACCUGGACCACCUGGUAGUCCAGGGUUUGAUGGCAAACCUGGGCAAAAAGGAGAAGUUGGUCCUUAUGGACCCCCAGGGCCCAGAGGAUUCCCUGGUCCACCUGGCCCUGAAGGCUUGCCUGGGACUAUGGGCCCACCAGGUGCACCAUCUGUUGCUCAUGGCUUCCUUGUUACCAGACAUAGUCAAACCACUGAAGAACCAUCAUGUCCAUUUGGAACAAGGCUGAUUUACCAUGGCUACUCCUUGCUUUAUGUACAAGGCAAUGAAAGAGCACAUGGCCAAGAUCUGGGCACAGCAGGAAGCUGUCUUCGUAAAUUUAGUACCAUGCCUUUCCUAUUCUGCAAUAUCAACAAUGUAUGUAACUUUGCAUCAAGGAAUGACUAUUCCUACUGGCUGUCCACUCCUGAACCUAUGCCAAUGAGUAUGGCUCCUAUCACUGGUGAUAAUAUCAGACCAUUCAUCAGCAGAUGCUCUGUGUGUGAAGCUCCUGCUAUGGUAAUAGCCGUUCACAGUCAAACAAUUCAAAUACCACCAUGUCCUGAAGGCUGGAGUUCACUUUGGAUUGGUUACUCUUUUGUCAUGCACACCAGUGCUGGUGCAGAGGGCUCUGGCCAGGCCCUGGCGUCUCCUGGUUCCUGCCUAGAGGAGUUUCGCAGCGCUCCCUUCAUUGAAUGCCAUGGCCGGGGCACCUGCAAUUAUUAUGCAAAUGCUUACAGCUUCUGGCUUGCCACUAUAGAGAGGAAUGAGAUGUUCAAGAAACCGACUCCCUCAACUUUGAAAGCAGGGGAUCUGCGCUCAAAUGUUAGCCGUUGUCAAGUCUGUAUGAGAAAAACAUAAUGACUUUUGAAUUUCAACUAAUUUCACACAAUAUGGUGCUAUUCGUUUAACAGCAAUGAAGCCUAGACAUAUAUCAUAUGUACCUCAUUGUUGUCCAAUAUGAAAACAGUAAAGUGCCUUUUAGGAACUUGCAUAACUAACACACACUGCUUUACUGGCCCUGUCCUUGCUGAAGAAGAAAAGAGACAACAAAGAUAAGCUUCAAAUGUUGACAUGCCAAAUGGCACUUUUGAUCAAAAUAUAUGUAUUUUUUAUAUAAAUGCAAUGCACUGAGAGAAUAAAAAGUCAGCAUUUAUCCAGAAAAAAAUGCAAAGGUGCUAGGAGGUAUGCAGUUCUGCCUUAUACUGUUUGACCCCCCUUUCUCAUUCUUGUAUUAUAUAUUUAGAUUCAUUUUUCUUCCCCAGAUAAGUUUGUUGUUACCGUUUCUAGGUGUCUCAAAAUCCCAGACUCUUGGGUAUGUACUUAUUGUUCCUGUACAAAGCAAUACUAAUGUAAAAAAGAGCUUUGGGAUUACAGACUGUGGUUAAGCAACAUGUAACCAUCUUUUCACAACACACAAGUGCCAUCCUGCAAACUUUUGCUUCUGUUCGUAGUCAUUAGUGCUAUUGGUAUUAAUGGGACUACAUCUGGGAGAGAUUGACAAAUUGCCUUCCCAAAUAGGCAAGUAAGAGUUUCUGCUAUGUUGGUACUAUGCAGCUUCUUUAUGCAGUAGAACAAACUUUCCUGUGGAAUAAAGAAUGAUCCAGCAAUGGUCAAGAAAAAAUAUAUAUAUAAAUAUUUUAGUAAUUUAUAUAGAUAUCAACCAUUAGGCAAAUCAAGCUCUGAGUUUAUCAUUUCAAAAAGAAGCUUACAAAAGUUUUCUUCUUUUCAGUGUCAUGAAUUAGGUGUUGAAUGCCAAAAUAUGUUGUGAAAUGUUCAUUUUACAUAGGCCAUUUCAAUGCUGAAGUUGCAGAGACUGAACCCAGGUUAAUAGCUAUUUCUGUUUAUUACAGUAAAUCCUGCUUUGAUCUUAUAGUCUUUAUUCUGUAUUUAAUAUUGUUCAGGGUUUUAAACGCUACUCACACACUGAAUGACUUGAUUUUGAAAAGUAUAAGGCCUUAGUUUUGUUAAUAUUGUGCCAAAAAAAUUCUUCCAAGUGGCCUCAGAAAUAUUUCUAAAGAAUUUCUAUGCAAUGAUACCAUUAUUUGAGCACAUCUGUGUCCAAAAGUGUUUUAUAGACUUAUUACCAUGCAAAUACCAAAAGAUUUUUGCAAAUGCCAAGGCCUUUGUAUAAUUUCUUACAUGUGUAUUUCUUAAGAAUUCAAGUUUGUAAUAAAACUAUUUCUGUAAAAAAACAGAAGAAAAGAAAAAGUUUUUACUAAUUUGUUAUUAGCAUUCAUUUACAGCAAUUAAUUAAUUUUUAAUAAGACACCAAUAAAUGCACAAGCUUGAUGCAAUCCUAGAUUAUUUUUGUUUUGCACAUCUUUCAGAUGUACAAAGCAUCUUCAAAAGGGGAAAAGAGGACGCUAUUGACACCUCUGUUGUUACCUUGAAAGAACCAGUACUGACAGAUGAAGUAUGGGUUAUGCAUCUAUUACUGAAAUAUGUUUGAUGUGAACAUGUUACAGAAAUCUGAUAACUUCAUUUUAGCUCAUGGAAAGCCAUCAAGUUAUACACGUUUUUCACUCUUCCCUUGGAUUUUUCAUGCACAAAUCAGAACUGAAUUAUACAGGAUAAAAAUCAAAAUAUCUCAUGUAAUUUUGCUUAUAAGUGGGCAAUGUGAAUCUUGACUCUGGUUGUCUGAAGAGGAAACGGGCUGUGAUAUCUUUUUCCUUGGCAAAAGCACAUAAUCUGUUAAUAUUUCAUGAAGUUUUCCCAAAUUUGCGAAGAGGCUGCUGCUGCUGCUGUUCUGAACUCACUUUCACUUAAAAUCCUUGAGGACACUGGCUGGACGAAUGACUGAGGGCCCCUGCAUAGAAACUGGCCAUUUCCUUUAGUGCUGAUUCUUAACUCUCAUGGAAAUUUUGACAGAUGAUCGUUUUAUUUGUCAAUGACCAGUCCUCACAAAAGUCCAUUAUCAGCCCAUAAAAUACAAGUCUGGUUAUGUCUGAUCAGCCUGAUGCAGGGUUUUCCAAAGUGGCACUUGUUAUUCCGAAGAAGAGGAGAGGACUAUAGUAGAGUGAUUCCUUGUGGCAUCUAGGAAGAAUUAAGCAGACAUUCAGCCUUCCCUAAUACAGAGGAUCCAAGCUGCUGCUCAGACAUUUUAAUUGCACUCUGCAGUUUAUCUCCUGAUCAGCAGGGGAUUGAAUUUGCUUGGUUUGAAUUGUCUCAGAACUGCCAGACAGUUGAAUUUUAAAAGUUCUGCAUGCAUGAUUAAGUCAAAUCUGCGUAAGAGAACAACUCCUUUUGCUAGUGAAGGGACCACUCACUGCAGCUGGGUGUGUAGUAACCUGUGUUUUCUCAACUAGGAGCAUUUUGGAAACAAGGUCCUUUGAAAAUUUUAAAAAACUGAACUAUGGUUUGAUGUCUUACUUAUCUAGUAGCAAUUAUUUAUUCCAUAACCUCCAGCUCAUAAAAUGACUUAGACCAUUCUCAUGCUAAAGAUGCUAUUUCUGCUUAAGUCAGUGAGUAAACUUUUCGGUGGUUAUUGAAUACCAAUCAGCUCUGUUGAAAAUGAUGUGGAUGCUAGAUUUUGAUGUCCUGGGUGAGGAAGAGCCCAUGUACUAAAGCAGAACAGAAAUGUGAAACUCUUUCUUGCUUUCAAAAAUCUGUAAGUAUCCCAUAUUCAGUCAUUUCUGGCCAGCGUUGUUGCUACAGUACAGUUCAUUGUGUGAACAGGCAACUGAAAACACACCAGUUGUUAAAAUUGUCUUGCGUAAGCUUAAAUUUCAGGAGAAAUCUUUCCUAAAGAAGUACAGCUUGUUUAAAUAGGCCUGACUGUUUUUAAAUGCAGUACUUGAAGAGUAACUUUCAUGACCCAAAUAAAUACAUUUCUAAAACA